ACCUAGCUUCUUGCAGAAUGGAGGUACUUCCUCAUCCUUGGAUCGUACCCUUGGUCGCAGAUCCCUAUCCACCAGAAACUGUUACAUCGCGUCUAAAGGAUUUGCUCGACGGGAAAGAAGUAGGCGGUGUACCCAGCGGACUACCCAAAGGCGACAGUCGGAAAAUCGCACUCUACAACUUUGUCCGUCAGCUUGACUUGUCAUUGAAGCCUGAAGCAAUUGAUGCUGUCUGGCAUGCCGUGUUCAGCAUGGCAAAUAAGCUUUGGUGUACAUCUGACAUAACAGAUGCAACUUAUUGGUGGACGGAGGAUUACCUGGCAGAAGCGGCAAUCGAUGCGAUACCAGAAGAAGACGGCGACGACGAUUACGGUUUAGUAGAUGGGUAUGAUAAAGUUUGGAUCGCAUCGGCUCUUGGGGCUGCACGCCUCUACGCGCUUGGAUAUGGCUACUCUCCUUGGGCGUGGAACUGA